GUGUUGUGGUGACGGAGGAACAGUCGACCUCCUCUUGGCCAGAGUCCCUCUUUUCUUUUGAUUCCUUCCAUAAUCACCAAAGCAGGAAGGACAGGCUGCUGCUUUCAGCCGCUCUCCAGGUCCAGGUUUGCUCUCAGUUUCUCAGACACAGUCCUGCGCUCUUUCAGCGUGAUUAAUAUCAUUAGUGUCUGGUCUGUAUUGGAGCUGGCAGUGGAUGUGUGGAUACUGAAGUGCCGACCGACCGCAUGCCUUCUGAGGGUCUGUUUGUAGGAGAGAAGAGGGGGUGGGCUGGAAAUAAACACAGCGAGGUCGCGCUCAUAGGGCAAGGGGGGAAAAUACGAUCGGGCUGACGGGACAGACCGUGCCAUGCCGCACAACAUGCAGACUCGUGUCCAGCAGCUACUGACCUGUUUGGCUGCUGCUUUCACCAUUUCUGUCCAUCUGCCGCUUAUGUCACUUCUCAGGGACAGUUUUAGCCCUUAAUGUCAAUAUGGCUUAGAAGAUUCUAAUGGGCUGUGGACUGUCCUGGGUAAUGUGGGUCGGAGUGGGUAAGUAGGGUUUUUUCAGAGUGGUGUCGUAAAUUUCAUGUGAAUGGUUUGGAGACGCCCUGCCUUGAGUGAUGUUUGAGUUUCUCUGUUGUUUAAAAAAUAGGUUUAGUUAUAGCUCCAGCUCUGUCUUAAUGCUUCUGUGUUUAUUCACGUUCAACACUCCGCUUCAUGUUCACUGAAGAGUCAGUGAAGCAUUCACUGAAACCGUUUUGGCCCAAAGGUUUGAGUACUGACGUCACAAGAGAGUAAAACGUGUGGCCUUUGGCUUUGUUCCCAAGGCCAUUUUAGAUGCUCAAAAAGACUUGUGUUUACCUGACGGACUAACGUUUAGUCCUGCUGAUGGCCUUGAAGCUGGAUUUCUCCUGUCUUCUGUGCUCUGGUGUAAACUGACAGCCUGUUUGGAUGCCUCCUCCAAGGGGCUGAUGCAAGAGAUCCAGCUUUUGCAGCGCAGCAAACCACUUAGGGGGGGAUUGUUCUGCGCUAACAGAUAGUGAGACUGUCGAUUCAACUGACCACCCGUCCAGCCAAUCAGACGCCAUGGAGCAAACAGCUCAAGAUUUAUCAAGCCCUUCUGAAAUUACCGCAAAAGCUUCCAGGCCCAGGUUUGGAGCAGCUGAAGAAGCCAGAGAGAAGCUGAAGUUCAUCUUAGGAGCAUCUGAAGAUAACUCGUCUGAUGACGAACCUCCUGCUCUGGGUCAAACUGCCAAACCUCUAAACUCAGCAGCCCCUGAAGCCACAACUUCAACCUCACAGGAGACGCAGACCCCCCCUCAGCCCUCCAUAAGGAUGAGGCCUAGUAUGUCUGGUCCCCACCUGAUGAGGAGAGGCCGAGAGCAGAGGAGGAUGGACGUGCCCAGAGAUUUCACUGUGGCCUCUCCGGCCGAAUUCGUCAAGCGCUUUGGAGGAACCCAUGUCAUAGAAAAGGUACUCAUAGCCAACAACGGCAUUGCGGCAGUGAAAUGCAUGCGCUCCAUCCGCCGCUGGUCCUACGAAAUGUUCCGCAACGAGAGGACCAUUCGCUUCGUCGUCAUGGUAACACCUGAGGACCUGAAGGCCAAUGCAGAGUACAUAAAAAUGGCGGAUCACUACGUGCCAGUUCCUGGAGGGCCCAACAAUAACAACUACGCCAACGUGGAGAUGAUUGUGGACAUCGCUAAGAGGAUUCCAGUGCAGGCAGUGUGGGCCGGGUGGGGUCACGCCUCAGAAAACCCCAAGCUGCCGGAGCUGCUCAAUAAAGCGGGCAUUUCGUUCUUAGGUCCUUCCAGUAAAGCCAUGUGGGCUCUAGGAGAUAAAGUAGCAUCUUCCAUCGUAGCUCAGACUGCAGGAAUCCCCACUUUACCCUGGACUGGAUCUGGGCUGAAGGUGCCCUGGGGGGAGGAGGAACAGAGGCCAGGCCACGUGGUCAGCGUCCCACUGGACAUUUACAAUAAAGGCUGUGUGAGGGACGUGGAAGAAGGCCUUGCUGGGGCAGAGAAGAUCGGCUACCCUUUAGUGAUUAAGGCCUCAGAGGGGGGAGGAGGGAAGGGCAUCAGGAAGGUGGACAGUGCUGAAGACUUCCCCAGCUUCUUCAGACAGGUCCAGGUGGAGGUGCCGGGUUCUCCGAUCUUCAUCAUGCAGCUGGCUCAGCACGCUCGUCAUCAAGAAGUGCAGAUCCUGGCGGAUGAGUACGGAAACGCCAUCUCUCUCUUCGGCCGAGACUGCUCCAUCCAGCGGAGGCACCAGAAGAUUAUAGAGGAGGCUCCGCCCACCAUCGUUUCACCAACUACCUUCGAGCAGAUGGAGCGGUACGCAGUGCGCAUGGCUAAGAUGGUGGGCUACGUGAGCGCGGGGACGGUGGAGUAUCUGUUCUCAGAGGACGGCAGUUUUCACUUCCUGGAGCUGAACCCCAGACUGCAGGUGGAACAUCCCUGCACUGAGAUGAUUGCAGACGUCAACCUGCCUGCUGCGCAGCUACAGAUUGCGAUGGGGAUCCCUCUGUACAGAAUUAAGGAGAUUCGAGUGCUGUAUGGUGAAGCGCCGUGGGGAGACGCCCCCAUUAAUUUUGAGUCUCCGGAGUGCGCCCCCUGUCCUCGAGGACACGUCAUUGCAGCGCGCAUCACCAGUGAGAACCCAGAUGAGGGCUUUAAGCCGAGUUCAGGCACAGUGCAGGAGCUGAACUUCCGCAGCAAUAAGAACGUUUGGGGCUAUUUCAGUGUUGGGGCCACGGGGGGUCUACAUGAAUUCGCCGAUUCACAGUUCGGUCACUGCUUCUCCUGGGGAGAGAACCGCGAGGAGGCCAUCUCUAACAUGGUGGUAGCUAUGAAGGAGCUGUCUAUCCGGGGGGAUUUCAGGACCACCGUUGAAUAUCUCAUUAAACUGCUGGAGACCGAGAGCUUCAGGAACAACGACAUCGACACAGGCUGGCUGGACCACCUAAUUGCUGAGAAAGUGCAGGCGGAAAGGCCGGACACCAUGCUGGGAGUCGUGUGUGGAGCCCUCCAUGUAGCCGAUGCUAAUUUCAGGAAGAGCAUGUCUGACUUCCUGCAUUCGCUCGAGAGGGGUCAGGUGUUACCUGCUGCCAGCCUGGUUAACACUGUGGAUGUGGAUCUGAUCUACGAGGGAAUCAAAUACUCCCUUCAGGUGACCCGGCAGUCCCCCACCACCUACGUGAUCAUCAUGAACAGGUCGGAUAUUGAGAUCGACGUCCACAGGCUGAGCGACGGCGGCCUGCUGCUCUCCUACAGCGGCAGCAGCUACACCACCUACAUGAAGGAGGAAGUAGACAGCUACCGGAUCACUGUGGGCAACAAGACGUGUGUGUUUGAGAGAGAACGGGACCCUACGGUGCUCCGCUCACCCUCUGCUGGAAAACUGCUCCAGUACAUUGUGGACGAUGGAGGUCAUGUGACAGCUGGACACCCAUACGCUGAAAUAGAGGUGAUGAAGAUGGUGAUGACGCUGACGGUUCAGGAAUCAGGCUGUGUUCAUUUUGUGAAGAGGCCGGGUGCAGUGCUGGAACCAGGCUGUGUGGUGGCCCACAUGGACCUGGAUGAUCCCAGUAGUAUUCACCCUGUGGAGCUGAACACUCAGCCUUUACCUGCUCAGGAGCCCCUCCCCAUGGUGGGUGAGAAGCUGCACCAGGUAUUCCACAACGUCCUGGAGAACCUGGAGAAGGUGAUGGAUGGGUACUGCCUCCCAGAGCCCUACUACAGCAACAGACUGAAUAAGUGGGUGGGCACUCUGAUGAAGACCCUGCGUGACCCCUCCUUACCCUUGCUGGAGCUGCAGGAGAUCAUGACUAGUGUGUCCGGGCGCAUCCCCAUUACCGUGGAGAAGGCCAUCCGUAAGGUCAUGGCUCAGUACGCCAGCAACAUCACCUCCGUCCUCAGCCAGUUCCCCAGCCAGAGGAUAGCCAAUAUCCUGGACAGUCAUGCGGCCACUCUGCAGAGGAAGGCAGACCGUGAGGUUUUCUUCAUGAACACUCAGAGCAUCGUGCAGCUGGUGCAGAGGUAUCGCAGUGGUAUUCGAGGCUACAUGAAGUCUGUAGUGUUGGACCUGCUGCGGCGCUAUCUGCAGGUGGAGGGGCAGUUUCAGCAAACCACAUAUGAUAAAUGUGUGAUAAACCUGAGGGAGCAGUAUAAGCCGGAUAUGACCCCUGUGCUGGAGUACAUCUUCUCCCAUGCUCAGGUCUCCAAGAAAAACAUCCUCAUCACACUGCUCAUAGACCAGCUGUGUGGACGGGACCCGACGCUAUCGGAUGAUGUUGUGGUGAUUCUGAAUGAUUUCACUCAGCUCAGUAAGAUGGAGAACUCGAAAGUCGCUCUGUGUGCCAGACAGGCACUGAUUGCGUCUCAUUUACCCUCUUAUGAGGUGAGACACAACCAGGUGGAGUCCAUCUUUCUGUCUGCUAUAGACAUUUACGGCGACCAGUUCUGCCCUGAAAACAUGAAGAAACUCAUCAUGUCUGAAACCUCCAUCUUCGAUGUUCUACCCAGUUUCUUCUACCACAGCAACCGGGUGGUGUGCAUGGCUGCUUUAGAGGUGUAUGUUCGGAGGGGUUAUAUAGCCUACGAGCUGAACAGCCUCCAGCACCAUCAGCUGCAGGACGGGACGUGUGCUGUACUAUUUCAGUUCAUGCUGCCCUCAUCCCAUCCCAACAGAGAGCCGAACACCAGAGUGAGCACCUCCAUGCCCAAACCCACAGGGAGCAGUCCCACCUUGAACAGGUUGUCGUUGGCCGUGAGCAGCUCUGAUCAGUUUGAGACGAUGCGGCGGCAGGGCAGCGAGCUCUUCCUGGAUGGAUCGCUGUCUCCUCCCUGUCAGAGGAUGGGAGCCAUGGUGGCCUUCCAGUGCUUCGACGACUUUAAGAGGUGUUUUGAUGAGGUGAUUUCCUGCUUUGCUGACCCGCUGUGUGAGAGCUCAUUGUUCUCUGACUCUGUCUCCAGCCUGUACGAUGAGGAGAACAGCAAGAGCAUGAGGGAGAACCCCAUCCACAUCAUCAACGUCUCAAUCAGAUCGGCUGACACUGAGGACGAUGAUGCUUUGGUCAAAGCGUUCACUGACUUUGCUCAGUCCAAAAAAGCUGUGCUGUAUGAGUACGGAAUCAGAAGAAUCACGUUCCUGCUGGCUCAGAAAAGGGAAUUUCCCAAGUUCUUCACUUUCAGAUCCAGAGAUGAGUUCCAGGAGGACCGGAUCUAUCGGAACCUGGAGCCGGCUCUGGCCUUCCAGCUGGAGCUGAACCGCAUGAGGAAUUUCGACUUAAAGGCCGUUCCCUGUGCCAACCACAAGAUGCACCUGUACCUGGGAGCUGCUCGUGUAGAGAAGGGUGCUGAGGUCACCGACUACCGCUUCUUCAUCAGAGCCAUCGUCCGCCACUCAGACCUCGUCACCAAGGAGGCCUCGUUCGAGUACCUGCAGAACGAGGGCGAGCGCCUGCUGUUGGAGGCGCUGGACGAAUUGGAGGUGGCGUUCAGUAACACUCCGACACGCACGGACUGCAACCACAUCUUCCUCAACUUCGUCCCCACCGUCAUCAUGGACCCCAUCAAGAUUGUGGAGAACGUCCGUGCUAUGGUGAUGCGCUACGGCCGACGUCUGUGGAAACUGCGUGUGCUGCAGGCUGAGCUGAAGAUGGGGAUCCGUCUCACUCCCAACGGAAAGACCAUCCCAAUCCGCCUCUUUAUCACUGACGAAAGCGGAUACUACCUCGACAUCAGCCUCUACAAGGAGGUGACGGACCCCACAACCGGACAGAUCAUGUUCGAGUCGUACACCGGGAAGCACAGCCCGUUACACGGAAUGCUCAUCAACACCCCCUACGUCACUAAAGACCUGCUGCAGGCCAAACGCUUCCAGGCCCAGAGCCUCGGCACCACCUAUGUCUAUGACUUCCCUGAGCUCUUCCGACAGGCUCUGUUUAAGCUGUGGGGGCCGGACGACAGCUACCCUAAAGAUGUGCUGCAGUGUAAUGAGUUGGUGUUGGAUCCUCAAGGCAGACUCGUGCAGAUGAAUCGACUGCCUGGAGAUAAUGAGGCCGGGAUGGUGGCGUUUCGUAUGAAGAUGAAGACUCCGGAGUACCCCGAGGGACGGGAGAUCAUCGUGAUCUGUAAUGACAUCACAUAUCGGAUUGGUUCUUUCGGACCACAGGAGGACCAGCUGUUUCUGCGAGCGUCUGAGCUGGCCCGGGCCGAGGGCAUCCCUCGCAUUUACAUCUCAGCCAAUAGCGGUGCUCGCAUUGGCCUGGCUGAAGAAGUCCAGAACAAGUUUCAGGUGGCCUGGCUCGACCCCAGUGACCCCUACAAGGGUGUUAAGUACCUGUACCUGACCCCCCAGGACUACACGCGCAUCAGCACAACCAACUCCGUCCACUGCCGUCAUGUGGAAGAGGAAGGGGAGUCCAGGUACAUCAUCACAGACAUCAUCGGGAAGGAGGAGGGUCUCGGGGUGGAGAAUCUGAGGGGGUCGGGGAUGAUAGCAGGAGAGUCGUCACAGGCGUAUGAGGAGAUCGUCACCAUCAGCAUGGUGACGUGUCGAGCUAUAGGCAUCGGGGCGUACCUGGUUCGCCUGGGACAGAGAGUCAUACAAGUGGAAAACUCCCACAUUAUCCUCACUGGAGCAGGAGCCCUCAACAAGGUUCUGGGUCGAGAGGUGUACACCUCCAAUAACCAACUGGGCGGAGUGCAGAUCAUGCACAACAACGGAGUCACGCACACCACCGUGCCUGACGACUUUGAGGGGGUCUUUACCAUCCUGAAGUGGCUCUCGUACAUGCCAAAGAACAAGUUUGCUCCAGUGCCAGUGAUGCCCCCUACUGACCCAGUGGACAGAGAGAUAGAGUUUGUCCCCACCAAAGCUCCGUACGACCCUCGGUGGAUGCUCUAUGGACGUCCUCACCCCAGUGUGAAGGGGGCGUGGCAGAGCGGCUUCUUCGACCACGGCACCUUCAUGGAGGUGAUGUCCGCGUGGGCUCAGACGGUGGUGGUGGGAAGGGCCAGGCUCGGCGGGAUUCCUCUCGGAGUCAUUGCUGUGGAAACCCGGACCGUCGAGCUCACCAUCCCAGCAGAUCCAGCUAAUUUGGACUCUGAAGCAAAGAUUGUGCAGCAGGCUGGGCAGGUGUGGUUCCCUGACUCAGCAUAUAAGACGGCUCAGGCCAUCAAAGACUUCAACAGGGAGAAUCUGCCCCUCAUGGUCUUCGCCAACUGGAGAGGCUUCUCUGGAGGGAUGAAAGACAUGUAUGACCAGGUGCUGAAGUUCGGCGCGUAUAUCGUGGACGCUCUGAGAGAGUUCCGUCAGCCUGUCCUGGUCUACAUCCCUCCCCACGCUGAGCUGAGAGGAGGAUCAUGGGUGGUGAUCGACCCCACCAUCAACCCCCAGUAUAUGGAGCUCUACGCUGACAGAGAGAGCAGGGGUGGCGUAUUAGAGGCAGAAGGGACGGUGGAGAUUAAGUUCAGAAAGAAAGAUCUGCUGAAGACGAUGCGCAGGAUCGACCCUGAGUACACUCGGCUGGCUGAACAGCUCAACUCUGUGGAGCUGUUGGAGGACAAGCGCAGUGAGCUGGAUGCUCAGCUCAGAGCCAGAGAAGAGUUCCUCCUGCCCAUCUACCACCAAGUGGCUGUGCAGUUUGUCGACCUCCACGACACGCCUGGGAGAAUGCAGGAGAAGGGCGUCAUCACGGAUGUCCUGGACUGGAAGAACGCUCGGUUGUUUUUCUACUGGCGGCUGCGGCGCCUCCUGCUGGAGGAGGUGGCGAAGGGUGAGAUUGUGCAGGCCAACAAGGACCUGAGCAAUGGCCACAUCCAGUCCAUGCUGCGCCGCUGGUUCAUUGAGACCGAGGGAACCGUCAAAGCCUAUUUGUGGGACAAUAAUAAGGCUGUGGUGGAGUGGCUGGAGAAACAUCUAACGCAGCAGGACAGCACACACUCAGCAAUCAGAGAGAACAUCAAAUACCUCAAGAGGGACUACACUCUCAAACACAUACGCAGCCUGCUGGAGGCCAAUCCAGAGGUCGCUAUGGACUGCAUCAUGCACAUGGCCCAGAACAUCACUCCGUCCCAGAGGGCCAAAGUGUCCCACCUGUUGGCCACUAUGGACAACAACACCAGCACCAGCUAAAUCCAGACCACCGGAGAUACAGAUCAAACGCCACGCACAAUAAACAUGCCAGUCGAGCCUUGAGUGGAUGCUGAGGAUUCAUAAGCAGGCUGUCCAGGUUUAGCUGGGUAAGAAGCAGGUAAGACAGUAUAAGAUGGGAGAAGGAAAGAGGACUUUUCUUUUGUCUGUGUCUCAGGAUCUAAACACGCACACAGGAAGAUGCCAAGUCACUCCGAGUACAUUUCUUUCAGCUCGGUGUUCAGAUACGGAGCAUUUCACCUUUCAUGAUGUUAAUGUGGGUUUUUCUGUUGUUGUUUUUUGGAGGUUCUUCCUCUGCACCAAUAUCUGAGCACAUGUUCGUUUUCACAGUGUUAAUUUCGUGUCCUUCACACUUGUUGCCUUAAAAACAAAUCACUGCACAAAUACGUACAACCACUUUAUGCUGUAAGCAUUGCCCGUAUUCCACAUUUAAGCCUUGCGUUUUUGUUAUUUCAGUCCGUAUAAUAUGUCAAGGUCCAGAUGAAAGGAUGUCAGACUCCAGUGCUGCAGCACUACGAACUUGACGCAGUCAAAUCAGCUUAUAAGCUCAUUUCCAAGCCCUUCAUUUACUGUCAUUAGUGCAGGGAAACACUAAGUGCUGUCCUUCAGAACUGGGGUCUGCCAUGCCGAGUCUGGAUGGAGCUGCCUUUCCGACACAUGAAUGUACUGUCAUGGGUUAAAGACUGAAAACCGGAAAGCUUUGAUUGGUGUCAUUUUUCAAGGAAUCAGUUCAGCUGAAAUGUUAAUGAUGCUAACAAUGAAUGAAACUGAGCUACUACAAAAUAGCCUUACCAGACAUCACGCCAGCUGUCCUAGUUAUGCUCCAUCCACAAAUGAGUUUAAAAUCCCCGUCAACCUACUAAGAAACUGUAUGAAAAGCUCGGAUGAAAACCCGAGCCGGGUUCUAGUUUCCCAUUGGUUUGAAUGAGUAACUGACUCUGAAUGUAGGUGUUGUGGUAUAAACUGAGUGUGUUCUACAGUUUCCCAUUAGGCUGAAUGAGUAACUCGUUCUAGAUACAAUCUAGUGAUACAAACUGCCUUUUGUGCUACAAGUCGAGUGAGAUUUUUACGAGCGUUCUGCAAAGAACUCAUUUGUGGAUGAGAGAAUUAGUGGCUACCAAGUUCAGUUCAUUAGCUGUGUUAGCAGAUCUGAUGGCUUUUUAUUCUUGUAAGACGUUGAUAGAGAGUAGGACCAGCACUAGUGCUCUUUCAGGGAAACUGCUGACUUGUAUCAGACCUGCCAAACGAUUUUAUGUAUGCAGCUUUUAUUUAAGUACAUGUCAGUAUUAUAAACUAACAGUAGCCACUGGACCUUUGAAGAACUGCCACAGGGUUGUACGUGUGUGUUUGAGCAGUACGAGUUCCUCAGGUUUAUGCUUACAAAAACAAAAUGAUGCCAGUUCCCUGAGUAACCUGGAUUAACGUCGGGAGAUGUUGGGCUCAGAUGAGUACGGUUUCAUUUUUAAUGCUCACAAAAUUAGAGUUUACACUGAAGUCACACAUGGCAGUAACUAACCGUGGCUCGAUGAUAAUUUGGGUUGAACGAUCAGGUCCAGUUGUUUAGCGUGUAAGGAAACCAUUUUGGUGCUACAAAUAGUUCAUAGUUUUUAAAAUGUCAUUUGUUUUCCAUCAGCUAUGUGCAGCAAGUUAGAACAGGUGUCUCAUCAUGAAGUGCCUGGCUGAUUUUUGCUGUAAAUGAUCAGGAUGUUUUAAAAGAUCAUGGCCACCAGCAUGUAUGACUCAAAUAAAAAUACUUUCGCCGACUUGCACACUCUCACAA